AGUGUUGUGGUAGUGUUUUACAGAAUGGUACAUAUGCCUGUUAUGAAGUUUAUAAUAAAUUGUUUGUUGUUACAAGAAAAGUAUCAUUGGAAUCAGAAUCACCACUGUAUUACGAAAACCAUCUGACAAGAUAUAAAGCUUGGUAGCAUCACUCUGAUGAUGGAGUGGAACAAACAGCAACUACAGGAGAGAAGCAACUGGAGGUACAGGCAUGGAGAAAGGAACGGACUAACAAAUGCUUCCUCAGCUGAUACACUUUCAUCCAGAGGCAAAACUGAAGACUAUGAAACAAAAGUUGAAACAGACCGCAGUAAGCGGUUUGAUUACCUUCUUAAACAGACAGAAAUCUUCACACAUUUUAUGUCCAAUAAUCAGCGAGACAAACCACCAACAAGUCCUCUAAAGGUGAAACCAGGCAGACCAAGGAAGAAUCCAGACCAACCAAGAGGAGACCCUGGAGAUCAUCGUCAUCGAAAGACAGAACAGGAAGAAGAUGAGGAAUUGUUGGCAGAAACAAAUUCUAGUAGAAGAACUAUCAUCAGCUUUGAUCAGUCUCCACAUUAUGUAAAAAAUGGUGAAAUGAGAGAUUACCAGGUACGGGGUCUCAACUGGAUGAUUUCAUUAUAUGAAAAUGGCAUCAAUGGAAUUCUCGCUGAUGAGAUGGGUCUUGGUAAAACUCUGCAGACAAUAUCACUGCUUGGGUAUAUGAAACAUUACCGGAACAUUCCAGGACCUCAUAUUGUGAUUGUUCCAAAGUCCACACUUGCCAACUGGAUGAAUGAGUUCAUGAAAUGGGUUCCUUCUUUACGUGCAGUGUGCCUUAUUGGUGACCAAGAGGCUAGGAAUAUUUUCAUAAGGGAAACACUCAUGCCUGGUGAAUGGGAUGUGUGCGUGACUUCGUAUGAAAUGGUGAUCAAGGAGAAAGGAGUGUUUAAGAAGUUUAACUGGCGUUAUAUGGUCAUCGAUGAGGCCCACCGUAUCAAGAAUGAGAAGUCAAAACUCUCUGAGAUUGUUCGUGAGUUCAAAACAACAAACCGCCUUCUCCUGACAGGAACUCCUCUGCAGAAUAACCUACAUGAACUUUGGUCUCUCCUCAACUUUCUUUUGCCUGAGGUCUUCACCUCAUCAGAUGAUUUUGAUGCAUGGUUCAACACUAAUAAUUUCCUUGGUGAUGCUACGUUAGUUGAAAGACUUCAUGCUGUUUUACGCCCAUUCUUGCUGCGUCGAUUAAAAUCUGAAGUUGAAAAAAGGUUAAAACCAAAGAAAGAACUGAAGAUUUAUGUUGGCCUUAGUAAAAUGCAAAGAGAAUGGUAUACGAAGGUCCUGAUGAAGGAUAUUGAUAUUGUGAAUGGCGCUGGAAAGAUUGAGAAAAUGCGACUGCAGAACAUUCUCAUGCAGCUUCGAAAGUGCUCCAAUCACCCUUAUCUCUUUGACGGUGCCGAGCCCGGUCCUCCGUACACUACAGAUGAACAUCUUGUGUACAACUGUGGGAAAAUGGUUAUACUGGAUAAACUGCUCCCACGAUUACAAGAACAGGAUUCAAGAGUGCUCAUCUUCAGCCAGAUGACAAGGAUGCUUGAUAUUCUGGAGGAUUACUGCCAUUGGAGAUUAUACAGUUACUGUCGACUGGAUGGACAGACACCUCAUGAGGACCGUCAGAGACAGAUCAAUGAAUUCAAUGCGCCAGGCAGUGAGAAAUUCAUCUUUAUGCUGUCAACGAGAGCUGGUGGUCUUGGUAUUAACCUUGCCACAGCAGAUGUUGUCAUCAUAUAUGACUCUGAUUGGAAUCCACAGAUGGAUCUGCAGGCUAUGGAUCGAGCUCAUCGUAUUGGACAGCAGAAGCAGGUGAAGGUCUUUCGUCUGAUCACAGAGAACACUGUUGAAGAAAAGAUUGUUGAAAGAGCAGAGGUGAAACUGAGACUAGACAAGCUUGUGAUCCAGCAAGGUCGUCUUGUGGACAACAAGCAGAAUCAACUGAAUAAGGAUGAGAUGCUGAACAUGAUACGAUAUGGAGCAAACCAAGUGUUUGCUUCUAAAGAUUCAGCCAUAACUGAUGAAGACAUUGAUACCAUCCUCCAGAAAGGAGAAUCAAAAACAGAGGAAAUGAGACAGAAGUUGGCAACUAUGGGAGAAUCUACACUCAGAAAUUUUACACUGGAUGCACCAGGCACGGACUCCGUAUACCAGUUUGAAGGAGAAGAUUAUCGAGAGAAGCAGAAAGUACUUGGUAUUGGCAGCUGGAUUGAGCCUCCCAAACGAGAACGGAAAGCCAACUAUGCUGUGGAUGCUUAUUUCCGUGAGGCUCUGCGGGUUUCAGAACCAAAAGCACCAAAGGCUCCUCGACCACCCAAGCAACCAAUCGUUCAAGAUUUUCAGUUCUUCCCACCCCGGCUAUUUGAGCUGUUGGAUCAGGAAAUCUACUACUUUCGGAAAACAGUCGGUUAUAAGGUUCCUAAGAAUCCAGAGCUUGGUUCUGAUGCAUCAAGAAUUCAGAAGGAAGAACAGCGCAAAAUAGACGAUGCCCAGCCGCUCACAGAAGAUGAAGUGGUGGAGAAAGAAAAGUUGCUUACACAGGGUUUCACAAACUGGACGAAGCGUGAUUUCAAUCAGUUCAUCAAAGCCAAUGAGAAGUAUGGAAGAGACGACAUUGACAACAUUGCUAAGGAUGUGGAAGGAAAGACACCAGAUGAAGUCAUGCAGUACAGUUCUGUGUUCUGGGAACGGUGUCAUGAACUGCAAGACAUUGACCGCAUCAUGGCACAGAUAGACAGAGGAGAGACCAAGAUUCAGCGACGAGCCAGUAUCAAAAAGGCACUGGAUGCCAAGAUGGCACGGUAUCGUGCCCCAUUUCACCAGCUACGAAUAGCAUAUGGCACCAACAAAGGCAAGAAUUAUACAGAGGAAGAGGACAGGUUCCUUGUUUGUAUGUUACAUAAAUUGGGAUUUGAUAAAGAAAAUGUUUAUGAAGAGCUGCGUGCUGCAGUGAGGAAUGCUCCUCAGUUCCGUUUUGAUUGGUUUAUUAAGUCACGGACGGCAAUGGAGCUACAGCGUCGGUGCAAUACACUUAUCACACUUAUAGAGCGAGAAAACCAAGAACUCGAGGAGAAGGAAAGAGCCGAGAAAAAGAAACGUGGCCCCAGAGGAAGUAGUGGGGCAGGGGGAAUUCCUAAUGUGGGUUCAGGGACUGGAGGUGGCAGUAAAGGCUCACAAAAACGCAAAAAUGAAAACAUUCCAACACCCGAUACCAAGGCUGCCAGAAAAAAGAAAAAGACAAAUGAGAAGUGAAGUGAUCAAAGUGGCUGGGCCACAAGACUGUGGGGUAUGUGGGCCCUACAGGAGUACAAGAACUGCAGCUUGCAGGAUUUUAUAAUGUGUCUGUUCAGUGGAAAGAAUGCAUCUCUUAAUGAUUUGUCUAGUGUGUGCAGUUGUCCAUAUUUAUAUUCAGACUCUUGUGUAAUUUCUUCUGACAGUUUAGUGCUUCUGAUUUUUAUUUACUGUUCAUUGGCAUCAGUAGAUCUGUAUCACAUUGAAACACAAGUGAAAUGUCUGUGAGCAGAUAUACUAGUAAUCCUUCACUUGAUAAAACACAAGUGAUUGUUUAUAAAUUUAUAUUGUUAAGACAUGACAUUCAGAAUGAAAUUUCUGCAGAACAUUUUGAAAUGUUAAUUUUUAUGUUGUCUUCUUAGUGUCUAGUAAUAUGGGUAAUUCAUAAAUGUAAUGAUUUUUGUUGUAAAUUAGAAUUCAAAAUUUGUCAUGUAAUUCCUGAUGUUAUAUGUUUUUGAGUAUUAUUGAUUGUCUUGAAAAGAACACACAAAUUAUUGUUGUAUGAAAAUUUAUACAUUGUACAGUGUACUUCAAUCAUAGAAUGAGCAGCACAAUAACUUCUCAGUUUUUCUGUCAUAAAAAUUUUAUAUUAUCUCUUGAAAGGUGUUCUUGUACUUUGAGCUGUUUUAAAUGUCA